AAAGCGGUUAUUGAAGAUCAAGGUUUUCAUUAAAUUGGAGGCCAUGAUACUACUUACACGCAGAAGAUAACAAAUAUGCUUCUGACAAAAAUUAUGAAGUUUUUUAUAUUAGUUGCAACAUGUGAAGCUAUGACGAUGAAACAGAUCAAGAAUACCGGUAAGAUGAUGAGAAAAACGUGCCAACCUAAGAAUAAUGCCGAAGAUGAGAAAAUCGACCCGAUUUCCGACGGUGUCUUCAUUGACGAGAAAGAAGUAAAGUGCUACAUGGCUUGCAUUAUGAAAAUGGCUAACACGAUAAAAAAUGGCAAAUUAAAUUAUGAUGCAGCUAUGAAACAGGCCGAUUUAUUGUUUCCUGAUGAUAUAAAGGAACCUGCUAAGGAAGCCAUUACUGCUUGCAGAAAAGUUGCGGAUGCCCAUAAAGACAUUUGCGAUGCGUCAUUUCACGUAACUAAGUGCAUCUACAAUCACAAUCCUGGUAUAUUUUACUUUCCUUGAUAUUUAAAUUUACUUACUUUGUACCUUAGAUCUCGUAAUGAAAUAAAACUUUUACGUAAGACUAAA